AAAUGGUAUCUAUGUUAAGAAGUAAAAUUAAUCAAGAAUUGACAGCGGAAAAGUUAGGACAAAAAUUGAAGACACUUUUACAUAUUUUAUUCGUGUUAUCGCACGAAGGAGAAGUAUAUACGGAGAAAGAUAUUCGCGAUGAAAUGAAUACAAUACUUUUAGCUGGAAGCGAAACUACAGCCACAACUAUCAGCUUUGUCCUCUUAAUGCUUGCUUCAUUCCCAGAAAUUCAAAACAAAGUAUAUGAGGAACUAAAUCAAAUUUACUGCUCGGACGAUCCGAAAAGUAUUCCAAUGACAUAUGAUGAUAUUAAAAGUAUGAAUCUUUUAGAACGUGUGAUCAAGGAAACGUUACGUCUAUUUCUUGCAGUUCCAGUCAUCGCCAGGAAUGUAACGCAAGAUAUAAAAGUUACUAAAAAUUGGACUAUACCGAAAGAAUGUUCAGCAGUAUUUCCCAUCUAUAAACUACAUAGAAGCGUGAAAUAUUGGCCACGGCCAUUGAUAUUCGAUGCCGAUAGGUUCCUACCGGAGAAAUAUUGUUCUACGUAUUCCUUUCCAUUUAAUUACGGUCGAAGAAAUUGCAUAGAUUACCCACAAUUAUCUACAGGAUUCCUUAUGCUUAUAUAUUAA